AUGACCAUAUCACCCACCACUAAAACCCUUGUUCAAAUGACGCAACCAAAUCGCGUCCGCGCGCAAAAAAAGUUAUCAAUGAUUGAGGGGGAAAAUAACUCAGAUUCGAGUACGGAAUCACAACCAGAAUCACAACUACAAUCGCAAACAAAAUCACAAUUACCAACUCCCCCAUCCUCCUCCACAACCACACCUCUACGCUCACCAUCUCCCUCCACGCAGACCCAAACCCAAUCCCGAACUCCCACCCCAACCCGCAAACAAAAACGGCGCGCUCUCCUCGCCGAAUCUCUCGCCCUCUCACUCCACAACUCCAGUUUCCCAAUUUCCGCUCCCGAAAGCGAUGUCCCCGGCAGCCCAACCAUCCUCAUCUCACCACACCAUCUAACACCCUCGACUCCCAACCUCCCACCCACAAUGUCCACCCCCACCCGUCUCCUCAUCUGCUCCAUCGGCAACCCCGCGCCCUACACAAACACUCUGCAUUCCGCGGGCCACACCAUCCUCAGCAUCCUCGCCCCCUCGCUCUCCAACCCGCCCUUUCAAAAAUCUCGCUCUUAUGGAAACGGUCUCCUAUCCCCCGGAACGCCAUACACGCUGUGGAAAUCCAGCUCCUUGAUGAACGUUUCCGGGGUUGGGGUUACAUCCGCCUGGACGAGUUUCCAACGGGAAUCAUCUUUUGCGGAGUGCAAACUUGUUGUGGUCCAUGAUGAGCUGGAAUUACCAGCGGGAAGAAUAAAUGUGAAGCCGGGGAGUAAUAGUCCGAAGGGUCAUAAUGGGUUGAAGAGUAUUCGGGAUACGUUACGGGGACAGCCGUAUACGCGGAUUGGGAUUGGCAUCGGGAGGCCGGAGAGUAGGGAUGCGGGAGUCGUGGCGAAUUAUGUGUUGAGGAAGAUGAGUGUUGAGGAGAAGAGGAAAAUUGAGGGGUGUGUAGGAAAGGUCCUCGAGGAGCUCGCAAGACUGAGUGGAGAGUAG